AUGGGGUGGUGGAGAGGAAACAAAGGCAUAUACUAUAAGUGUCCAGGGCCAUUAGAUUGCAAGGUUAUUUGCCUCUCAAAUUUUGGGGUAAAUGUGUACAGGCAGCCAUUUAUGUCAUAUAGGUUGCCUCUAUCAGUAUUGUCAGUAAAAUCAUAUUUUGAGAUGUUGUAUGGAAGAGUGCCAUCUUUACAGCACCUGCUAACCAUAGGAUGGCUAUGCUUUGCUAAGGUUGUAGGAGAAAAGGAUAAGUUUGCAGCCAGAUCUAUUGGAGCUGGAUGUCAAAUUUUGGAGAAUAUCUUUCCAUUUCAACUACUUAAGGAAGGAAAGUUGCAGCUUUUCCCUAAUGGUGUACUGCAAUAUCUAGCCACUAUUGAUGUUAUUCCUCUACAGAUAAACAUACAAAAUGAUUGUGCAUCCCCUUCAGCGAUGCCACCUGCUGUAGACAACCACACUGCUGAUACACAACCUUUAUCACCACUUCCUUUAUCCUCUGAAGACACUCCAGCUCAGCAGUCACAUAUUCCAGACCAGGAUACAUUUGUUCCUGUGGGUCCCCAAUUAAGAAAGUCAGACAGGACUACUAAGGAGCCUGUGUGGCUACAAGAUUAUGUCUGCAAUGGUUUCUCAAUCAAAUAUCAGUCCUAUUUGUCCAAAAUCACCAGCAUUAGAGAACCUUUGAAUUAUGAGGAGGCUACAUCAGACCCCAAAUGGCUUGAUGCUAUGCAGCAGGAGUUGACUGCACUUAAGGACAACAGGACAUGGACACUGGUAGAUUUUCCAGCAGGGAAGAAUCCUAUUGGAUGCAAGUGGGUGUUCAAGAUAAAGUAUAAGGCCAAUGGUGAGAUCGAAAGAUACAAGGCACGACUAGUAGCUAAAAGUUACAAUCAAAAGGCCUAG